AUGUCCUUUUUUAACGGGAACGAGGGACCUAUAGUGAGAGAAAGAGUCAAAAGAGAGCACAUAGACAAUAGGAUCAACAAAUUGGAGGAGUUGGUGGUGGAGCGGAUUGGGAAGAAAGUAGAGGGGGAUCCACCGGCUCCACCCAAGGAAGGCGUAGUGAAUUAUCUGCGAGAUUCGGACGUUGGGAAGGCCGAGUCUAAAGACACAGUACUACCGGUGCUCGUGAUAGCGUGUGACCGCAUCACCGUCAAGCGGUGUCUGGACAACCUCAUCAAGUUCAGACCCAGCAAAGACACAUUCCCGAUAAUAGUCAGUCAGGACUGUGGCCACAACGCCACAUACCAAGUGAUCAAAUCCUUCACCGACGCCGACCCUUCCAUCACCGUAGUACGCCAGCCCGACCUGUCGGAGAUACCCCUCGAACGUACCAACAUCAAGUAUAAGGGCUACUACAAGAUAGCGCGGCAUUUAAGGUUCGCCCUGAACCAUGUGUUCAAGACUUUGAGACACGAGGCUGUGAUUAUCGUUGAAGAUGAUCUGGUCAUUUCGCCAGAUUUCUACGAGUACUUCCAGGGCACAUAUCCCCUCUUACUCAAGGACUCGAGCAUAUGGUGCGUCUCAGCUUGGAACGAUAACGGCAAAAAACAGCUGGUGGACCUCUCAAGACCAGAACUCCUUCACCGCACAGACUUCUUCCCUGGUCUGGGCUGGAUGCUGCGGGCGGACUCCUGGGCCGAGUUCGAACCUAAAUGGCCUAAAGGGUUCUUCGACGCCUGGCUCCGCGACCCCGUGAUCACGCGGGGCCGCGCCUGCAUCCGCCCGGAGAUAUCCAGGACUUAUACAUUUGGCAAGGCUGGCGUCAGUCAAGGCCUGUUCUUCGACAACUAUCUGCGCUACAUCGUACUCAACUCCGAGUUUGUUGAAUUCACCAAAAGGGAUCUCAGUUAUUUACUAAAGGAAAAUUACGACAGCAACUUUACAAAAUACGUGUACUCCCUGCCUGAGAGCACUGUAGAGGCAGUAGUGUCGGGCGCAGCGCCGGCGCCCACCGUCCGUGUAACCUACCAGGACUGGGAUACGUUCAGCAUGGCGGCCAAACGACUCGGCCUCAUGGAUGACCUCUGGGUGAGUUGUACCAUGGUUGUACCACAGUAUAGAGAAAUAUAG